AUGGCGUUUCAUCAUAAUCACUUCAAUCACUUCACCGACCAAAACCACCAGCCUCCUCCUCCUCCUCAGCCGCAGCAGCAACAACAUUUUCACGAAUCCACACCGCCUAAUUGGCUCCUCCGCUCCGAUAACAAUUUCCUCAACCUCCACACCGCCGCAUCCGCCGCUGCUACAAGCUCCGAUUCUCCUUCCUCCGCCCCUGCUAGCCAGUGGCUCUCACGAUCCUCCUCCUUCCUCCAACGCGGCGGCGGCGCCAACAACAACAACGCCGGUUCAGGUGAUGUCAUCGACGAAGUCACAGGCGGAGAGGAGUCAAUGAUAGGAGAGAAGAAGGAGGCCGAGAGAUGGCAGAAUGCGAGGCACAAGUCGGAGAUACUCUCUCAUCCGCUGUACGAGCAACUUUUGUCGGCACACGUGGCGUGCCUGAGGAUCGCUACGCCGGUCGAUCAGCUUCCGAGGAUCGACGCACAGCUCGCUCAGUCGCAGAACGUUGUGGCUAAGUACUCAACCCUAGACUCUGCUGCUCAAGGACUCGUCGCCGGCGAUGAAAAGGAGCUUGACCACUUCAUGACGCAUUAUGUACUAUUAUUGUGCUCUUUCAAAGAACAGUUGCAACAGCAUGUUCGUGUUCAUGCAAUGGAAGCUGUUAUGGCUUGUUGGGAGAUUGAGCAGUCUCUCCAAAGCUUUACAGGAGUGUCUCCUGGUGAAGGCACAGGAGCAACAAUGUCUGAGGAUGAAGAUGAGCAAGUAGAGAGCGAUGCUCAUUUGUUUGACGGAAGCUUAGAUGGAUUAGGGUUUGGUCCUCUGGUUCCUACUGAGAGUGAGAGAUCAUUGAUGGAACGAGUCAGACAAGAACUUAAACAUGAACUCAAACAGGGUUACAAGGAGAAAAUUGUAGACAUAAGAGAGGAGAUACUGAGGAAGAGAAGAGCUGGGAAGUUACCAGGAGACACCACCUCUGUUCUCAAAGCUUGGUGGCAGUCUCAUUCUAAGUGGCCUUACCCUACUGAGGAAGACAAGGCGAGGUUGGUGCAGGAAACUGGUUUGCAGCUCAAACAGAUAAACAAUUGGUUCAUCAAUCAAAGAAAGAGGAAUUGGCAUAGCAAUCCAUCUUCUUCCACCGUCUCAAAGACCAAACGCAGAAGCAAUGCAGGUGAAAAUAGCGGAAGAGAGCGUUGA